AUGGAGGUUUUAUUGCUGAUCCACAGUACUCUGCUCUUUGUCGUUAAUGGCUCCCCGCUGCUGCUGUUCGCGAAUCGCCGCGAUGUUCGACUGGUGGAUGCCGAGGCUGGAAGGGCGGAGUCAACUGUGGUGGUCAGUGGCCUGGACGCAGUUGCGGUGGACUUCCUCUUCUCUGAGGGGCUGAUCUUCUGGACGGACGUCAGUGAGGAGGCCAUCAAGCAGACGUACUACAACCAGUCAAGCAAUGCUAUGAAGGAGGCCACCCAAGCCAACAAGCAGAGAGUGGUGUCAGGCCUGGACUCUCCCGAUGGCUUGGCCUGCGAUUGGCUUGGCCGCAAGCUUUACUGGACCGACUCGGAGACCAAUCGCAUAGAGGUGGCCAACCUGGACGGCAGCUUCCGCAAGGUGCUCUUCUGGCAGGGCCUUGACCAACCCCGUGCCAUCGCACUCAACCCAGCCGCACGCUACAUCUACUGGACAGACUGGGGGGAAGAGCCCCGCAUUGAGAGGGCAGGUAUGGAUGGCAGCAACAGGAAGAUCAUUGUGGAAACUGACAUCUACUGGCCCAACGGGCUGACCAUUGAUCUGGAUGAGCAGAAACUGUACUGGGCUGACGCCAAGCUCAGUUUCAUCCACCGAGCCAACCUGGAUGGUUCAUCCCGGGAGACUGUCGUGGAGGGCACCCUCACCCACCCCUUUGCCCUGACCCUCUCGGGAGAGACUCUAUACUGGACAGACUGGCAGACGCGCUCCAUCCACGCCUGCAACAAGCAGACAGGAAGCAAGAGGAGGGAGAUCCUGGGCGGGAUAUACUCCCCCAUGGACAUCCAGGUGCUGAGCAAGGAGAGGCAGCCGGAUGUGCAGACCCCCUGUAGGCUUGACAAUGGCGGCUGUUCCCACCUGUGCCUCCUGUCCCCCACGGAUCCCUUCUACAGCUGCGCCUGUCCCACCGGCGUCCGUCUCCAGGCUGAUGGCAAGACCUGCAGCCCAGGAGCAGAGGAGGUUCUGUUACUCGCCCGCCGGACGGACCUGCGGCGGAUUUCUCUGGACCUGCCCGACUUCACCGACAUCGUGCUGCAGGUCGACGACAUCCGGCAUGCCAUUGCCAUCGACUAUGACCCGGUGGAAGGCCACAUCUACUGGACGGACGACGAGGUGAAGGCCAUCCGCCGAGCCCGCAUCGAUGGUAGCGAGGCUCAGACGCUAGUCUCCACGGAGAUCAGCCACCCAGACGGCGUUGCGGUGGACUGGAUUGCACGCAACCUCUACUGGACAGAUACUGGUACCGACCGAAUUGAGGUCACCAGGCUCAACGGCACCUGCCGGCGCAUUCUGGUCUCUGAGAACCUGGAGGAGCCCAGAGCCAUUGUACUGGACCCAGUCAGAGGCUACAUGUAUUGGACAGACUGGGGGGAGAAGCCUAAGAUCGAACGUGCCAACCUGGAUGGAAGCGAUCGCCUGGUUCUGCUCAACUCCUCACUAGGAUGGCCCAACGGGCUGGCCCUCGACUACGCGCCAGGAAAGCUUUACUGGGGGGACGCCAAGACUGACAGGAUCGAGGUUAUUAAUAUUGAUGGGACGGGCAGGAAGACGCUACUGGAAGACAAGCUUCCUCACAUCUUUGGCUUCACUCUGCUGGGAGACUACAUCUACUGGACGGACUGGCAAAGGCGCAGCAUCGAGAGGGUGCACAAGACCGAAGCUGUCCGCGAGAUGAUCAUCGACCAGCUGCCGGACCUUAUGGGCCUCAAGGCUACAAGGGUCACCGAGACGUUUGGGACCAACGCCUGCGCCACAGACAACGGCGGCUGCAGCCACCUGUGCCUCCACAGGCCUCAGGGGCUCGUCUGCGCCUGCCCCAUGGGGCUGGAGCUGCUCAGCGACCUGCACUCCUGCGUGGUGCCCGAGGCCUUCCUGCUCUUCACCAGCCGAGCCGACAUCCGCAGCAUCUCGCUGGGGACCAAAGGCAACGACGUGGCCAUCCCCCUCUCGGGCGUCAAGGAGGCCUCCGCCUUGGACUUCGAUGUCUCUGAGAACAGGAUCUACUGGACGGACGUCAGUGCUAAGACCAUCAGCCGAGCUUUCAUGAAUGGCAGCUUGGUAGAGCAUGUGAUCGAGUUUGGCCUGGACUACCCUGAGGGCAUGGCAGUGGACUGGAUGGGACGCAACCUGUACUGGGCUGACACCGGGACCAAUCGCAUCGAGGUGGCCCGUCUGGAUGGCCAGUACCGACAGGUGCUGGUGUGUAAGGACUUGGACAACCCCCGAUCUCUGGCCCUGGACCCUGCUAAUGGCUACAUGUACUGGACAGAGUGGGGUGGAAAGCCCCGGAUCAAGCGAGCCUACAUGGAUGGCAGCAAUAUCGCCACCCUGGUGGACAAGCUGGGUAGAGCCAAUGGCCUCACUAUUGACUAUGUCGAUCAGAGGCUCUAUUGGACGGACCUGGACACGUGCAUGAUCGAGUCCUCCAACAUGCUAGGCCAGGAGAGGGAGCUCGUCGCUGACGACCUGCCACACCCUUUUGGACUGACCCAGUACCGGGACUACAUCUACUGGACGGACUGGAACCUGCGCAGUAUCGAGCGGGCGGACAAGCGCAGCGGGCUGAACCGCACGCUGAUCCGUGGCCAGCUGGAGUACGUGAUGGACAUCCUGGUGUUCCAUGCGUCGCGGCAGGAUGGCUGGAACGAAUGCUCUCAGGACAACGGCCACUGCAGCCACCUGUGCCUGGCCACUCCUGAGGGCGCACGCUGCCGCUGUGCGUCCCACUACACCCUAGAGGCCAACACCAGGAACUGCAGCUCUCCUUCCAGCUUCCUCCUCUUCAGUCAGAGAGCAUCCAUCAGCCGCAUGGUGCUGGGGGAGCAGACCCCCGACAUCAUCCUGCCCAUCCACGUCGUGCGGAACGUCCGGGUCAUCCGCUACGACCCCGUCGAGCGUGCUGUGUACUGGGUGGAUGGCAGACAGAACAUCAGGAAGGCUCGUGACGAUGGCUCUGAGUCAUUUGUGGUGCUGUCAAACGCACCCAGUCACCAGCAAGUCCCAGAGAGGCAGCCCCAUGACCUGAGCUUGGACCCCUACAGCCGCACAGUCUUCUGGACCUGCGAGGUCACCAACACCAUCAACAUCGAGCGGCUGGAUGGAGUCUCUGUGGGAGUUGUACUGAGGGAUGAGCAGGACAAGCCCAGGGCCAUCGUGGUCAAUGCAGAGAAAGGAUAUAUGUAUUUCACGACGAUGCAAGAUCGCUCUGCCAAAAUUGAGCGGGCCUCACUGGACGGAACAGAGCGCGAGUCUCUGUUCACGACAGGCCUGAUUCGCCCUGUGGCCCUCGCUCUGGACAACCGACUGGGCAAGCUGUUCUGGGUGGACGCGGUCCUCCGACGCAUCGAGAGCAGUGACUUCUCUGGAGCUAAUCGCAUCACGCUGCAGGAUGGCAACAUUUUGCACCCGGUGGGCUUGACGGUAUUGGGAGAGCACCUCUUCUGGAUCGACAGGCAGCAGCAGAUGAUCGAGCGUGUGGAGAAGGUCACGGGGGAGAAGAGGACCCGCGUCCAGGGCCGCCUGAUGUACCUGACCGGCAUACAUGCUGUGGAGGACAUGAACCCAGAAGAGCUUGCAUCACAUCCUUGUUCCCGUGGCAAUGGUGGCUGCUCUCACAUCUGCAUAGCCAAGGGAGAUGGAACUCCGCGGUGCUCCUGCCCUAUGCAUCUGGUGCUACUACAGGACCUGCUCACCUGUGGAGAGCCCCCCACCUGCUCCCCGGAGCAGUUCACCUGCGCCACCGGUGAGAUCGACUGCAUCCCCAAGGCGUGGCGCUGUGACGGCUUUGCCGAGUGCGACGACCAGAGCGAUGAGGAGAGCUGCCCGAUCUGCACCACCUUGCAGUUCCAGUGUGACCGCGGCCAGUGCGUUGAGGCCCAUCUGCGCUGUAACAGCGAGGCCGACUGUGCAGACAGCUCCGACGAGCAGGACUGUGAUGUCAUCUGCCCUCCAAACCAGUUUCGCUGUGGGAACGGCCAGUGCAUAGAGAAGAGGCAGCAGUGUGACUCUUACACUGACUGCAUGGACAGCUCCGACGAGCUCUUCUGUGACAUCCUCAAACCCAUACCUAACGACACCCCAGCUGACUCCAGCACCAUGUGGCCCGUCGUUGGCAUCAUACUGUCGGUCGUUGUGAUGGGUGGCAUGUACUUUGUGUGCCAGCGUUUGGUGUGCCGCUGGUACAAAGGGCCCAGCAGGGCCUUCCCGCACGACUACAUCAGCGGGACGCCACACGUGCCCCUGAACUUCGUUGACCCCGUCAGCUCACAGCACGGCAACUUCACGGGCAUCUCCUGCGGAAAGUCCAUGAUGGGCUCCGUGAGCCUGAUGGGAAGCAGCAACAGUGGGGCACCGCUCUAUGACCGGACUCACGUCACUGGGGCUUCCUCCAGCAGCUCCUCCAGCUCCAAGGCACCAUUUUACCCCCAGAUACUCAACCCACCUCCGUCCCCAGCCACUGACCGUUCCUUGUACAAUGCUGAGAUCUUCUACUCCUCCAACAGCCCCUCCACCACCAGGUCCUACAGGCCUUACCCGGUGCGGGGAAUGGCGCCCCCUACCACCCCCUGCAGCACUGAUGUGUGCGACAGUGACUACACCACCAGCCGCUGGAAAAGCAACAAAUACUACAUAGACCUGAACUGGGAUUCUGACCCCUACCCACCUCCCCCGACCCCUCGCAGCCAGUACCUGUCUGCAGAGGAGAGUUGCCCCCCCUCCCCUUCCACCGAGCACAGCUACUUCCAUCUGAGUCCCCCGCCCCCGUCACCCUGCACUGACUCUUCGUGACCCUGGGAAACCAGCACGUUUGUAAAUACCUUUAAAUAUGAACAAAUAAGAUUAUUCUAUUUUAUUAGUUUCCAGUAAUGGAAUCUCAGUAAUCUCUUUCUAUGGGGAUGGGAGGGAUUAACAUUUGUGAAAUUCAGGCCAAAAGAAAUGUUUGUACAGCUGUAAUGUAUAAUUUUUUUUUUGAAAACAUGAUAUCAUUGAAUCUGUGUUAAAACUGUAGGCCCUGCCUUAAAACAGGCUCCUUGGUGACGACUACGGUUAAGGCUCUAGGAAAUGAUUUUAAGACCUCUGGGUUACAUGGAGCUACAUUCAUAUGUAGUGAACUACACUAGUUUGUAAAGUGCUGUAACCACUGAUUCGUGGCCAGAUUUCUGAAUGAAACCUGUUAUGAGCAGCCAACUCAUAAUGCUGCUUCUACCCAAAGCAGUUUGAACAGAAGUUAUGGGAUGUAUUGAGUGUGGAGUUUCUUUGGUAACACUUUACUUGAAGGGGCACAAGUAACUUAGUAACUCAGUUACUACUCAACUAUUAAUCAUGAACAAAUACAGUAACUGCAUGAAAUACAUUAACCGUUAUGAUUUAUUAAUGAAGCAUGGGAUCACUAACCAUUAGUUACUGGUUAAUUCAUUAAGUAAGAAUGUACUACAUUUUCUGUGCCUCCUCAACUAAAGUGUUGCCAUUUUUCCUUAUCUGUGAAUAUUAAGUAUUUACAAACUGAUUGUUCAAUUCCAUUUUUGUAAUCUGUUUGCUGCUACUGUACAUUGAACGCAAUUUAUAAAAUAUGAUAAAUCAACAGUGAUUAAUAUCAUGUCAAUAGAACCAUGACAAGUGUUUAUAUUGUUUAAAUGUAAUGUAUUAAUUCUGCUUGUCGCUUCAAUGAUUUUUCUUUUAAUGUGUACAGAUCAGUAUGAAUUAAUAUACAUGUAUUUUUGUAAAAGGGACAAAAUCUACAUGGAGUGAGUUGUAAAUGCCAUUUUUGUGGCAUGGGCUCAAAGCCAACAUGUAACCUUGCAAAGCAUGAAAUUAUUUUGUAUCACUCAUGGAUCUCGAGUUCAUUUCACGGAGAAUGCAUGGAAUGGGGCAUGAGUUUCAGAGUAUCAACCUUUUAAAAACAUCAUUGAGAAGAGCAGCAAGCAGCUUUAGUGCUCUUGUGUUUAUCCAAGGAUGGUUAUUCCUGACCUCUGGGGGAAGCUUAAAUUGCACUUUUCAGCAAUGUGACAGAAAACUUGACCUGAAAAUGACUGGUUCUGAAUGUCCAAAAACUGAAUUCUUGAAUAAGAAUCUUUUUAAAGCAAAUAUUAGUAUACGGUGGAUCAGUGGGUGGCACUGUUGCCUCAUACCAAUAUGGAACAAUAUUAUUCUGUUCAGUCCUCACCCCUGAACUGGUUAUUGAAGAUAUGUAGUGUGAGAUGAGAUUGGGUCCAAAUACUCAUAUCACAGAUGUGGGAUAAGACAGCUGUUUAAUUGUGAUAUGUUUAAAGUGACAGAAGCACACAUUAAUAUAUGGUGAUGUAUUGUGUAUGGUAUAUUUUGCAGUCUGAGCAUGUUUCAAGCACUCUGUGAGCAGUGCUAAAGCACUUAUUCGCAACACAGAGACCCUUAUUCUAUGGGUUAGAAAACACAGCCGGUGUCUUAAGUCUAGCAGCAGGAUAUCUGCCUUAAAAAAGAGGCAUCCCUUCAUGGCAAGGAACCAUACAUGUGUCAUUUAGUACCUGAACAUGUCAUAUUGGUCCUUUCUCCUAGAAAUUGCAUGUGAUUUGUAAGGAAUUCUGUGGUGCUAACCUAGCACCAUUGAUGAGACUCCUAAUGAUAACAUCUGUUUUGCCAGUUCAGUUACUGUAGGGCCCUGGCACAGAUUUGGAUCCCGCUUUGGAAUUUGGCGAUGGGCCACUGGUUGCACAAGCUGAUUGGGUCAGUGCCCUGGCUGUUCCGUCUAGGCACAUAGCUGACACCGGCUGCAGAACCCAUGCGUCCUUUAAGAACCAGCUUUGGUGCCUUGUAUUUUAUGUACAACUGCCUUGUAAAGUCUACCCCGUGAUCAUUUUUGUAUAAUAGCAGUUUUUAUAUAAUAAAAAUAUAUUUUAAUGAACUUA